CUGCUCUCACUUGGCGCAACUCGCAAGCCGACGGGUGUGCUUUACUCUGCUUGCUUGAGAUAAUAUUAUUCCUGGUCUUGUUGUUUGACGCCUGAACGAAAUCUCCCAUUCGCAAGCAUCGUAAUCGAGAUCCCGACCACGACAUCUUAUACUUCUACAUCUGCGACAACUUGAGAAACAAUCUAUAUUCACAAUGGCCGCCCAGGGUCCCUCCCCGCUCCAUCCCACGACGAUCCUCUCCUCCAAGCCUAUCUCCCAAGCCGCCGCGCAUGAUUUCCUGGCCGCUUACCUCGAUCGCGCCGCCACAGACCCCGCACUCCAGCCCAAUGCCGGUAUCAGCGAACAUGGUCCUACUUCGCGCACUACGGCUGCAGCCCCGAAUCUUAUCCUGCACAAUCUGAAGCGCGUCCAGGCUGGACUGGCGGGUGAGGUCCUCGGUCGGGACCUGGCUCUUGCGAAGCUCAGCGCCGGAGAGGAGGGUAAUGCGCAGUCCGGAACUGAGGGGUGGGAGGAUCCGAAGAAACUUCAAGAAGUCGUUGCUGAGGAUGACGAUGAAGGACAGAUGGACGUGGAUGCUGCUGAGCCGGAGCAGGAUGCCGUGGCCGCCGGAGGUCUUGAUAAGGAGGAAAGGAAGCGGAAGAAGAAGGAACGGAGACUGGCGGAAAAAAGGGCCAAGGCCAACGCCUAAAUACGAAGAGAAAGUCAAAGAAAAGUUGUUGUUUUUGCUGAUACGGGUUUGCACUGGGUUGCAUCAGCUCUACUAUGGGAUCUGCUUUUCUGUUGUUGUCUUGGGUCACAAAAUAGACAACAUGCAUACUGCAUUGGCGCAUUCAGGGCGAAACUGUCUUAUUGGAGGACGAUCAUGAUUUUCUUAUUUUACUUUGGUGAUAGAAGCCAAAAAUCCAUCCACAACUAAAUACCUUCAAAAGCCCAUACCCGGGCCUUUCCUCAACCGGUCCCAAACACCGUACCAGAGAAAA